AGUCCUUAAAGCACCUCCCCAAGAUGGGGAAGAGGAUCUGUGCAAGAAUGUGCUUUCCAGCGUGAGGUUCAGAGCUUGGUGGGGACUUUCUCCUGCUAGGACACUUGGUGAGUCUGUGGGUCAGCUGCUGGUUUUGGUGAAGUCACAGGAGAAGGGAGGUUGCUGUCUUUUACUACCACCCUGAGCCAGCUCAUCUUUCUAGCUAUUUCUGUCUGCGCUUAUCUAUAGCAUCACCCCCUUGUGCCUGUGUACCUGCCAAGCAUUCAAAACAGGCACUGCUGUGGCAGCCUCCUUUCUCUCCAGCCUGGAGGAUAAAUGACUGGAUUGCUAUUUUUUAAUUGUUUCUCUGCAUCAAGAAUUUACGUUGGGAAAGCUAAACUGGACAAAUGCUUUCAGGAGCGAGUGGCCAGGUUGACAGAUCCCUGCUUGCUCUUAGCCCCUAAGGAGGUCCUGCAGCCUGGCCCUUGUAAGCUGCUCACUGCUUCAGUGUUGUCUUUGAAAGAGAUGGUUUCCUGGACUGAGAUGUGGUCUUGGGUAAUGAAAACCAAAGUCUGCAUGCGACAGAGAAGACCUGGAUCUGACUUGCAAGGUGACCCACAACAGAAAACUGAGUGCUUGGGUUGGCUGGAUUGACUGCCUCUCAGUCAGAGGAAGCCUGACUGAUCAGUUUUGCUUUCGUUGAAGCUAUCUGCAGUGGGUCAUAAAGAUUCCCCAGAUCCAGAGACUGCUUGAAAGAUUACUGAACAGCACAAAAAUGUGACUCUGACAAGAGACUUCCAAGCUUUCUGACGAAGAAUUUUCUACUGUUGAGUAUAAUUUAGAUGUAUAACUGAAGCAUGCAUAUUAGUUAAACUGAUAGGGGGGGUGGGGGAAGCUUUCUCAUUAAUUAGGACUGCCAAAAUAGCUUCAGAAUGAGUGCUCCGUUAAUCCCAAACAAGUCAUUUUAUGCCCAGCUUCAGGACAACCGCAGCGAAAUAAAGAACAAUAAUGAAAGCCUGGUGAGUGUAGGGGAUACCAAUGCCAACCAAAUCGUGGCAAAAGGUAGAAGUACCGAAGGAGAUGGUAAAAAACGGCACCUAAUAGAUGAGAGCGGGAAUAUACACUCUGGAGGGACAGAGAAAGUUACUCAGCUGACUACGGAGCACCAUAAACCUCUGACCUUCAAAGACUCUCGGACUUGUCACACUGGUGUACAGGAAAGUAAGCUGCCCUCCACCACAAACAGGGACGUGGGGAGAGACUGUAGCACCAGCGAAGCAAAGGAUACAUCAAGGCACAUCGGGAUUAGUCGAGGACAAAGUCUGUCCAAUUUAAAAAGUAGCACAAAUGAUGCCAACCUGGAGGUUAUUUCUAAAGGUGAUGUUGACUUCACCCAGAACUUUUCUAAGAGCAAAAUAUGCAGGACUGUGGAGAUGGAGAGAAUAAAAAGGCUUUCUCUGGGACGACCAAGUAAAUUUUCUCCUCAGUCUGAAGCGUUUUCAAAAGACUGUGUUGGCCGCGUGCCGUGUAAGCGUCUGCUUUCUGCAUCACUGGACUCCAUUGACAGGUCGCACCAUUUGAUAGGAAGUGCAGAGAAAUCACAAAAAACAUCCACGGACCAUUUCCUUGGGAUGGUGUUUCAUCCACUUGGCAAUACCUCAGAGGAAAAUGUUGCAUUUUAUUCCAAACCAUCUACCUCAGGGAACAAGAAAAUAAGUAAACCAGAAAACGUACCAAAUGUUAACAUUGAAAGCACACUUCAAGCUUCUCAUCCUCAACAUUUAGCUGUUAAGUCAAAUGAGACUGCUAGUAAAUCAGAAGCACAAUUAGGUCAGGGUGAUAAAAGUAAAAAAAUGGAGCUUAAGACUGCACCUUCUCCACAAUCUAAAAAUACAUGUCAACAAAAGAUUGAGAGGAUUAUGCUAGUAGAGUUCGUGGAAUGUCAAAAUGAUGGAAAUGCAGCAAUUCAGGAACAGAAAGACUCUGGGUCUGACACAUCAAAAUUUCAAGCAUCCCAUUUUCAAGACACCUGCAGUAAAGGAGAGGAUACAUUGUCAAGCCAGGUGGUAACCUAUGCUGAUGACAAAUUGCUAAGUGAUAACAUCACCAUUGAAGGGGAAGGAGGACGAAGCAAUGACAGUGACAGCAGGACAGCUAGCCACGUUGGUGAGGAGCAUUUUGCUGACAAAGAAGUGGAAAGAGUAUUCCCACUCACCUGCGGUAGUAAAUCCAGCAGCAGAGUGACACUUAGAAAAAAUGAAAAUGUACAUGAAGUUGACACAGGAUGUGCAGAAACAGUUGGUAAACAGAUCUCUCUUACACGUAACAUUAAUCUGUCUGACAGCAAACCCUUGAAAGGUAAUGAGAAUAAACCGGCGCUAGUCAAAGGAAGCACUGAGGAUGCUGUUGUGCCUGCUUCUGCUCUCUCUGAUCAGCAAGGAGAGUGCAGUGUAGAGACGGUGUCACACCAACAACCUGACAACCAUGACAGUGAUGCGGGAGCCUCAAGCUUUUCAGUUCCAAGUGCAAAGACAGCUAAUGCACAGAAACAUCCUCCAGAGGAAGCACCAGAGAGCUGUAACAUUUCGGCAAAGGCUGAUGCCUUUUUAUGUGUUCCAGCUCCCGUGCGCCCAGUGGCAGUGCUGGAUGUUAAUAGUCAACCCGUGCUAUCAAACAGUAAUUUAAAAGACCUUUGUACAGUUCAUGUUAGCAGAGUGUCACCCUCCUCAGUCCUACCUCCCUCUGACAGUACACAGUUGUUAAACAUAUCCCCUAAAGUGCCUAUCAAGACUGCUUGCAGCAGUGCCAUCCCAAAACCUAUCCUGGUCCACUCCAAGGGCUCCCUCCCAGAUAAGGCAGAUGUGGACAGUGACUGCAGUGAAAAGCUGGAAGAAACCAUUGAGCUUAAACCUGCCAUACCCAGGCCCAAACCUGUGAGACCUAAAAUCAUCACCUACAUUAGAAGAAACCCUCGUUCAAUAGAGCAGCUCGACCCUUCAUUUGCACCAGCAGGGCUGCCCUUCACUAGCCCUGCCUGUGGCAUGCCCAUCUCUACAGAGCAGAAGGUGUCCAAUGGAGGGGAGGCAAAGCCCACCAGCAUCCUCUAUGACAAAUUUAAACCUGAUCUCCAGAAGCCAAGACUCUUCAGUUCCGGACUGGUGGUGUCAGGAAUUAGGCCCACAGGCCAUCACUUCAGCCCAAUGAGUGAGAAGUUUCUGCAAGAGGUUGGGGAAAGGCCUGCAAAAGAUGAAUUUUGCCCUCCACCAUAUACUCACUACGAGGUCCCACCAACUUUUUAUCGGUCUGCCAUGAUACUCAAGCCACAGUUAGGACUGGGUGCAGUGUCCAGGUUACCAUCUGCAAAAAGCAGGAUUCUCAUUGCAAGUCAAAGAUCCUCAGGUAGCUGUCUGCAUCAGCAGGGAGAAAUUACGAGUGCUCCCACCCUCUAUCAUCCUGAUGCUUCAGGUGAUCUUAAGAAAGGCUCAUGCCCAAGUGCUGCAAAAUCAAAUCUCCCCAAGCCCUGCCAGUCUGGACUUCGUCCUCCAGGUUAUUCGCGGUUGCCAGCGGCUAAGCUGGCUGCAUUUGGUUUUGUCAGGAGCUCCAGUGUGUCCUCCGUCUCCAGCAACCAGUCAAACGAGAGUACUCAGAGUGAUCAAAGCAGGACGACCAACCGUUCCAGCUUUGGAAAUGAAGAGCAAACUGCUCCAAAGGCACCUGCACCUUCUAAAGAUGUCCCCAAGGGAAGCAACAAGAGCAUGACCCAGGUAUCAAGCAGCACAGCAACUCCACGCAGAAGCUUACUUCCAGCACCAAAAACUGCCACAGCACCUACUGGUGUAAAGAAAGAAGUACCAAAAGAUCAGGAUGCUAGCAGACCAGCUGUCGCCUCUCCUAAGAGAUCAGCAGUAACAGCUACCAAGCUCCAUUCGCCAGGACAUCCCAAGCAAAGAUCAACCACUCCAAAGAACGGAUUCUCCCCUAAACCAGGAGAAAGUCGAGAUGCUGAAAAGCAGUUCAUUCAGAGACUGAAGGACAAGUGUGAUGAGCAGUCCCGGCAACUGAGCAGCAUUCAGGAUGAGCUUAAAAGGGCCAUCUAUGGCUUUGAUGUCUUUGCUGUAACAACACAGCACUUUUUCAGGCAGAAUGAAAAUGCCCUUGUGAAAAUAAAGGAGUUAGGAUUCGAGCUUGCAAAGAUGAGGGAUGAAGUGGCCCUCAACACAGCAAGAUGUGAGAAGCAACAAACAGAAAAAGAGGAGCUGAAGAGGUCCUUUGAGGAGGAGGUGAAGCAGCUGUGCAGGCAGCAGCAGCAGGAUCUGCAGGCGAUGGAGCAGCAGCUGCAGGAGGAGUACAACAACAAGAAAGAGAGCCUGCAGGAGCAGCACAGACUGCAGCUAGAGCAAGUCAAAUUGCAGCAUCAGGAUCAGGUGGAAGAUAUCACAGCUAUACACGAAACUGCAAUGGUACAGUUGGAAAAUAACCACUUAGUUGCUAUUACAGUUCUGCAGGAUGAGAAUGACUGCAAAAUUCAAGAACUGACUGCUGCUCACAAACUGGAAAAGGCACAGUUAGAAGAGGCUUUUGAAAAGCUGCGGCUGUCGCUCCAGGACCAGAUAGACAUCCUCACCUUCCAGAACCAGUCUCUUAAGGCCAAAGCAGAGCGCUUUGAAGAGGCUCUGAAGAAGAACAACGAGGAGCAACUGAAGAUUGCACGAGCUCCAUAUCAGCACUUAGAAAAAGAUCUGAAGAGCUUGAAAUAUGUUCUGGAAAUGAAGAACAAUCAGAUUCACAAACAGGAGAAGAUGAUUAUGGAGCUAGAAAAACAGGCUGAAAAAAAUUUAAAACUGGAAGAAAAAAUCACCAAGCUGCAACAGCAGAACGAAGAGCUCAGAGCCAGGAUUGAGAAAAAUACAGUCAUAACAAGGCAAUUGUCAAAGGAGAAUGCUAAUCUUCAAGAAUAUGUUGAAAAAGAAAUGGAGGAGAAGAAGAAGUUGAGCAAGACUAAUGAAGAGCUCCUCUGGAAGCUGCAGGAGGAAGAUGCUACAAGCCCCGUGAAACUUCAGUCCUCACCAUCCACUUCUUUUCAUCACUGCCCAUCAAGAAACUCCUCUCCAGCAAAAGUCAGAACCUUGCAGCACUGAUUCGGCACCUGCAUGCCGAAGGUCCCCUGCCUUUUAUGCAUCUCCAGGCUGCUAAGUGUUCUCAUCCAAGGAAGUAUUCCCACCAGUAGGCACCCAGAGUUCAUGGCUGCAAGCAUGCUUGGCAGCUGCAUAGCUUUACUCUAGACAGGGUACUCUUACAGUCCUCAGACUGGAGCUGUUGGUUCUGACCUGGUGAUUAGAGUAGCAAAAAACAAAAAGCUACCAAGCAGAUAGGAAAGUUAGGAUAGCAAACCAUUUUGUUUGAUGUGCUGACAUUUUAGCCAUGGUUAGAGCCAAAAGCUGGAAAAAUACUUAGAUUAAUGGUUCAUCAGAAUGAACUUUUGCUGCAGUAUUUCAGGUUAGUUAGGAAAAAAAAAACAAACAAACACAAACAAACAAAAAACAACCCAGUUGCAGUUGUGAAUAUUUCUGUCUACGUGUCUGUGUUUCUCUACCUGUACCUUCCUACCUAUAAAUGGAUGCACACAGGUAUAUAGGUAGCUGAAGAUGACCUGAAUUGCAUUUUUUUAUAUUAUUGGAUACUACUAAGUGCUGAUAUAUUUUCAUUACAGUCAGCAGUUUUCUAACUCGUGCCUAAGACUUAUAUCUAAACGAAAUGCGUUUCUGUUUAGUCUCCCAGGAAUAUUUAUACCCAACCUAUAAGAAAGUCACACAGACGUAGAAGCGCCUUCCAGAUGACCACCAAGUGGUACUCUAUGUAAGAUGAACACCAGCGACUUUGAAAUUCUGAGACAGUACUGCCUUUGAAACCAUUACCUUUGCAUUAAACACCAGGUAAGGGACACACACCAUUCACUACUUUUUAACUCUUAGCAUCGAUAUCCUAAGUGGUGCUAGGCUAGAGAUCAGAAACCUGAGGGGUUUAGCAAAUUUGAUCGAGGUUUACUGGUUAAUGUGUUUCAGUUUUAGUGUCC